AUUUAUUAAAGAAAACACCCCCACUCAAAAGUCAACGCUUCUCUCUCUCUCUCUCUCUCUCUCUCUUCUCCUUCUUCUUCUUCUUGGCUUCACACUCGGAAUUCGGAAAUCAGUAAAUCGCCAUUUUUUUUAGAGAGAUGGGCGUGUGAGCUUUGGUGGGUUUUGACAGACAUAAUCGAAAGUUACUUCAUUUCUUUAUAAUAUGGGGAACGGUGUUGGUAAACUGAGCGUUUGCUUCACGGGCGGCGACGCCGCCGGCAUGGAAGCGCGGCGGCGGAAGGAAUUCCAGGUGGUGAUAUCGGAGCCGUUGGAUGACUUGGGACAUUCAUUCUGCUACGUUCCCGAGGUGGCGCGGCUGUCGUCGUCGUCUAAGGUUCACUCAGAGGAAACGACGACGUUCCGGUCAAUUUCCGGCGCCUCUGUUAGUGCCAACACCUCGACGCCGCUCUCCACCGCCUUCGUCGACGUCUAUUCGUACAAUAGCAUCGAUCGCUCUUCUACCUUCGAGAGCUCCACCUCCUUUGCUUCCAUCCCUCUGCAGCCAAUCCCCAGAAACUCAAUCCACUCCGGCCCGCUGCUGGGCUCCGGCUUUUUACAGAGCUCCGGUUCGGUAGAGCGCGGCUUCAUGUCCGGUCCGAUUGAGAGGGGGUACUUGUCGGGACCCCUCGAUCGGGGGAUCUUUUCCGGUCCUCUCGAGAAGGGCUCUUCCGAUCAGUUCCAGCGGAGCUUCUCGCAUGGAGGUUUCGCGCUCCGAUCUAGAUCACGAAAAGGGAAAUUGAUUCGGGCUCUCCAACAAGCCAUCUCGAAGACCAUAUCCAGGGGGCAAAACUCAAUUGUAGCUCCGAUUAAAGGGUCGGUUUCAAUCAAAGAACCCGAUUGGGUGGUUGGGUCUGAGAAGCAGAACGAGUUAACAAUCAGUAGUGUCAAUCUGAGCAGCGAGUGCAGCUUGGAAGAUGAUGACUCGCAAGAAAGCCAAAAUCUUCAAUGGGCUCAGGGAAAAGCCGGCGAAGAUCGGGUUCAUGUGGUGGUAUCCGAAGAACACGGGUGGGUCUUUGUGGGUAUUUACGACGGAUUCAAUGGUCCAGACGCUCCUGAUUACUUGUUAUCCAAUUUAUAUGCCGCUGUUCAUAGAGAACUCAAGGGACUUUUAUGGGAUGAUAAAUCCGAUUCAUCAAAUCCUAAUAACCCCUGUCUUAAUCUCCGCUCUUCCAUCUCAGAACCAGAAGAUAUGAAUCAGUCUUUAAAUGACCAAGUUUCAAGAGAUAGAGAUAGAACAAAGGAUGGUUGCUCCAGAUGUGUUGAGCAAGAGGUUUAUCCCUGUGCCAGGGAAGAAUUGAGUUCUGAUUCUAAGCUCAGGAAGAAUAAUAAGGGAAAGAAUUCGAAGAAACGAUACCGAGGGGUGGCUAAGAAAUGGGAGGAGAAUCAGAGGAAGUGGCGGUGUGAAUGGGAUAGGGAAAGGUUGGAGCUUGAUAGGAGGUUAAAGGAACAGUUAAAUCGAAACGGAUGGAAUGAUUCGGGGGCGAUUAAUCAUGGCGAUGUAUUGAAAGCUCUGUCUCAGGCAUUGAAGAAGACAGAGGAGGCGUUCUUGGAUCUUGCUGACAAGAUGCUCAUGGAAAAUCCCGAGCUAGCGUUGAUGGGUUCUUGCGUUAUGGUAAUGCUGAUGAAGGGAGAGGAUGUUUACGUGAUGAACGUUGGGGAUAGUCGAGCUGUGUUGGCUCAGAAGAAGGAGCCCGAUCUUUGGAGCCAGGAUUUGGAAAGGAUAAACGAAGAAACAUUGCAUGAUCUCGAGGGCUUCGAUAGCGAGGGGUUUGAUGGGGUAUCAAAUUUAACCGCGUUCCAGCUUACUACAGAUCAUAGCACCUCGGUACCAGAGGAAGUCGAACGGAUAAGAAACGAGCAUCGAGAUGAUCCUUUGGCUGUUAUAAAUGACCGCGUAAAAGGGCUAAAGGUCACCCGAGCUUUCGGUGCUGGCUUUCUCAAACAGCCUAAAUGGAACAAUGCGCUUCUUGAAAUGUUCAGGAUCGAUUACGUUGGAACUUCCCCGUAUAUCACCUGUCUCCCGUCACUGUAUCAUCACAGAUUAGGACCGAGAGACAGGUUCUUGAUAUUGUCAUCGGAUGGGCUCUACCAGUACUUUACAAACGAAGAAGCUGUUUUAGAAGUCGAGCAUUUCAUCUCGUGGUCACCCGAAGGAGAUCCCGCCCAGCACCUUGUCGAGAAAGUAUUGUUUCGGGCAGCAAAGAAAGCAGGUUUGGAGUUUCAUGAAUUGCUUGAAAUCCCACAGGGUGAUCGACGAAGGUACCAUGACGACGUUUCCAUAAUCGUCAUUUCGUUGGAAGGAAGAAUAUGGAGAUCAUGUGUAUAAGUGUAGGAAAAUGAGAAGGUAAAUGAUAUAGAGAUUCAAAAACCCAAAAAAAAAAAAAAAAAAAAAAAAACCAUUUUUGCCGCUCUUUUUACCUAGUUGCCGCUGUAAAAACCUACCAACCAAAAAAGCUCUCUUCUGUGAAAAAGCAGCUGCAAUGUUAUUAGCUCUCUAAGCUGUCAUAGAAAAUCGUAAUUUCUCUAAUAAUCACUUCUCCAUGAAGAGGGAAGUUUUGUUCUUUAAUAUUGUUCCCAUCAUCACUAUAAAAUUUUCUCAGAACAUCUUAGUAUUUUGCUAAAUGAUCAAGAAAUCUUGUCUGUGUU